UAAUUAUUUUCUUUUAUCUUGUCCUUUCUUUUUCCUCUACAAUUAUGAAGUACGCUUUUAUUGUUUCCGUUAUUGUUCUAUUAAGCCAAUCUGUAUCUGCUCAAUCGCCAUCAUGUGCAGCACAAGAAGUAUUGAAUACCUGUCUUUCAAAUGAAGAUACUUAUCUCAAAACAUGUAUAGACCAAGAUUAUGCCUGUCUGUGUAAGUGGCAUACCGCUAAAUUAUCUUGCUUCGAUAACUGUCCUCAAGAUUUAGGUAGAGGCUCUUCACAAGGACUAAAAGAUACCUUUUGCUCUAUUGCGAAGACCUAUAAUACAACAACCAGUAGUAGUAGUAGCGUUGCCGUGUCAACCGUGGUCUCGUCGACAAAACUGCCAAGCAACACCCCUACUAUAGUAGUUCCGACUAAUUCUAUCGCAACCAAUACGACGGGUGCAGCCAGUACUUCCAUGUCAGCCACGUAUGGUGUAGGUCAGAGUGUACUCAUGCUCGUCGCCGGUGUAACCACUUGGUUUCUAACCUGAGUAUUUGUUUACACUAAUGCGCAGUUUCUGUUAUUAAAACAUCAACAGUUAUUUUUGUUGUAAGAGUGAACACGCACACAUACACAUACACAUACACAUAUAUCGUAUGGGGCUUUUAUUUUUUUAAAAUAAAUUAAUUUAUAACCUUUUGCCAUUAAUUAUUAUUAAUUGAUGCAGGCAU